GUCGUUAUUUUACACUUUUAAAUACAUACAACAUACGUACAUCAUGGACUAAGUAAACACUUCUUGUGUAAAUUGUUAUUUGGGGAGAUAUAAGGAAAAUAAAUGCAUUAGGUGGCGCAGCACACUGAGGUCACUGUGGCCUGGUCAACCUGCAGUUAAUUUUUGCUGUCCAUCCAUGACUGCCAGUUGUGGGAAAUGGUACUCACACAUACACAUUGGACACCAGAUGCAUACAGUCAUCGUGUGAAAGAACACCAGGAAUUGUCAAGGCGUCAUACCAUGGGUGGGGUUUGAACCCGCGCUGUGAAAGAACAACUCAAGAUGAGUACAUCUGAUAGUGACAGCGAAGCCUAUGGGCCUCCUUUGCCACCUAGUAUAAGAAGUGAAUCAGUUAAAAAGGAAAGAGCUGAUGUUAAACCCCAGGCAAAUGAGGAAAACAUGGAUGAAGAUGCUUUUCUACCAGAAUUACCACCACACUUAAUAGGAAAGAGAGGAGGUAGUGUCAAUCAAAGUGCUAGUUCAAAUGACCAAAAAUUAUCACACAACCUUCAGAAUCAGAAUUUAAAGAGAACAGGUGAAAUCAGUUGUGAUAAUCCCGCACGAAAAACAUUGAAACAAAAUCUAGAGCAAAAACCAGCCUCUGAGUCUGAUGACGAUGAAAGUAAUGUGUAUGGAGCAGCUUUACCACCACAUUUGUUAAAUAAAAAGCGAGAAGAAUCUUCACAGUCUGACAGAAGACAUGUCUUGGGGCCGACACUUCCUAAAGGUUAUGUUCCUCCCAGAGAAGUACCUCUUAUAGACAGUGAUAGGGGAGAAAAUAGUGAUAUUGAAGACGAUGUUGGACCCACUAUAGGACCACUACCUUCAGCAGUGGAAAUUGAUGAAAAUGAGUAUAGAAUCAGACAAUUUGAACUCAGGGCACAGAGAAUGAAGGACAAGAUAGUAGGAAAAAAUAUAGACAACAAGCCACUGGUACGCGAGUCUUGGAUGACAGAAUUACCUGAGGACAAACCAAAUUUCUGUGGUCUGGGUCCCCGUCAGUUUUUGCGGAAGACUCCACAAGCGAAAAGGGAUUGCUCAGGGUGGACAGAUACUCCUGCUGAUAAAGCAAGAAAAGCAGAACUGGGUAUAAAAGAAGAACAGCCAGUAAUAACUCCUGAAGAUAUUGCCAGCAACCAGCGAGAUAAAGAACUUUUGGAAAAAGUGAAAGAGUACAACAGCAGUAAAAGAGCAGAACCCCUUAUUGACUUACACAAGAAGAAAAUAAAGGAAAAGGAAGCCAAGUCCAGAUCAAAGGAGAGACGUCCCUUUAGUCGGGAGGAAGACCUACAUGUGAAUAAAUUUGAUGAUGCACAAAAAAGUAAUAUUUUAAAGAAAGCCCAACAACUUAAUGACAGGUUUUCUUCUGGGGACAGGAAAUUUUUGUAAUCUUAAUAUUCACCCACUUCUCACUCUCUCUCUUUGUCAGUAAUGGGCUGUACUCUAAAAUAAUACCUAUUUAAUUUGCAAUUUUUGUAUCUGGUAGUUACAAUAUUUCUGUAGUCCAGUAUUUUAUGAUGCAACAAGAAAAGAAAAAUUAAAGUUCUUUUAGUUA